CCGAAGGAAAGAUAAAGAGAGCCGAAAAAAGGGUUUCCCUGGCCCAACAACCACAACAUUAUCACAGUUGCCAAUUGCCAUCCCCAAUUCCAUUUUGCCCCAUUUUUGUUGCGAAAAAGUAUCAGAGGAGAGAGAAAGAGAGAAAAAAUGAGUGGAGUUGUGAAGAAGGUUGCGGAUGCGAGCUUCAAGGCUUCGAGGAACAUCGAUUGGGAAGGCAUGGCUAAGCUCCUUGUCUCCGAUGAAGCUCGCAAGGAGUUCUUCACCCUUCGUCGCACUUUUGAUGAAGUCAACACUCAACUUCAGACCAAGUUUAGCCAGGAACCUGAGCCCAUAGACUGGGAGUAUUACAGAAAAGGAAUUGGCAACAAAGUGGUUGAUAUGUACAAGGAAGCUUAUGAUGGUGUUGUGGUUCCAAAGUAUGUGGACAACGUUACACCAGAGUACAAGCCAAAAUUUGAAGCCCUGUUAGUGGAACUGAAAGAAGCAGAACAACAAUCUUUGAAAGAGUCUGAAAGAUUAGAAAAAGAAAUAGCAGAUGUCCAGGAAUUGAAGAAAAAACUAAGCACCAUGACUGCGGAUGAGUACUUUGAGAAGCAUCCAGAGCUGAGGAAGAAGUUUGAUGAUGAAAUUCGUAAUGAUUACUGGGGUUAUUAAAGUUGUGCUGAUUCUGCAAUCUGCUGCUUAGGAUGAACAUGUUGAGAUCAUGGUGUUUGAUCUAUAAUUAGCAUAAUAAAAUAACUAAUAUUUGCUUUUUUUGGCAAUUUUGUUCGGCCAUGUGAAGCAUUUCUUUCCCGAUGUUCUUGUAAUUAGUCCGUGAGGUGCUUGCAAGAUGCCUUGGUAUGAAAGGCCGAGCACAUUUGUCUAUCUGAAUGGCUGAAUAUCAUUUUGGAAGUAUUUUUUGAGAACAUUUGUCUA